ACUCUUCGUCCUGAAGUGGAUGAUAUCCCAGGAAAUGGAAGUACUAUCCAGCCUUCAGCCACCUCGACUUCUACACUACACCUUCCAGAUUUUUCUGUUUCAAAUGACAAAAUCAAUAGCAUUCCGGGUGCUAGUACAUCUUCAUCUACCCUAAACUCUAAGACAGACCCUCCAGAGGUCCUGAGUUCUGAUGGAAAGACCGACAGCGUCCCCGACGGCGGCCUUCGAGCUUAUUAUGAGACAACACUUCUCGUUCAGUACUCUGCUAGUGCGGUCUCUUGGAUCCCCUCCUUUGAAAUAUUUUUCACCUUUGUGAUGAGCCCAAUCAUCGGCCAACUUUACGACAGGUUUGGUCCACGGUAUAUCAUUCUAGGUGGCUCAAUUCUACACGUCUUUGGUCUUAUGAUGGCCUCUCUUUCCACCAGUUACUAUCAGUUGCUUCUUUCUCAAGGAGUCUGCAGCGCACUGGGUAUAUGUGCCAUCUUCCAGCCAUGUAUGAGCUGCAUCCCCAUGUGGUUUCAACAAAAAAGAGGCAUAGCAUAUGGUAUUAUCUCAAGCGGAACAAGCCUUGGCGGAGUUAUUUUCCCAAUAAUGGUCAGUCGACUGAUAAAGUCAGUCGGUUAUGCUUGGUCAAUGCGUAUUUCCGCCUUUUUGAUCCUCGCCCUCCUUGCCAUUGUCAAUCUAACAGUGAGGACACGCCUUCCACCAUCACCACAAGCACACCAGAUGAACAGGAAAACACUUGUACAACCACUUAAGGAAACUCCUAUGAUACUUCUUGUCCUAGGGUUUUUCUUUCUGACAUUUGGCGUAUUUGUACCAAUUAAUUACCUAGUUGUCCAAGCCACCAGCGUCGGGAUGAGUAGUAACUUAGCCCAGUACCUGGCCCCUAUAUUAAACGCGGCAAGCCUGUUUGGCCGUUUAUUAGCUGGUACUCUCUCUGAUAGAGCCGGUACGUAUAAUGUCUUGAUGAUCGCAUGCUACCUUGCCGGUAUCUUCUGCCUAGCUAUCUGGAUUCCGGCAGCCAAUACCGCUGCGGUUAUGGCGUUUACCAUCCUCUUCGGAAUCACCUCGGGUGCUUAUAUUGCCCUAGCGGCAGCGCUGGUGGUGCGCAUAUCUCCGAUUAAAGAGAUUGGAUACAGAACAGGUCUUCUGUUCUUCAUUGGAUCCUUCAGUGGACUGACAGCAAGUCCAAUUGCCGGGGCAAUCCUUGAACGCGAGGGUGGUUCAUAUAUAGGCAUGCAAGUUUUCAGUGGGGCUACGCUUUUAUUAGGCACUUUUGAACCUAACAAGCAAAAAGUUGAGAUUAAGGCUAGCGGCAGCAUUGGCAAGAUCAUUCUCGAGACCCUCGUUGGCGCUCCGCAAUUCACCGUCACCGCCCUCACUCGCGCAUCUAGCGAAGCUACCUUCCCAGCUGGCGUGACCGUUCGCAAGUCGGAUUUCUCCGAGUCGGACCUGGUGUCUGCCUUGAAAGGUCAGGAUGCGGUCAUUUCUGUUGUGGGCCCGACUGGCUUCGGGGAGCAGAAGAAAUUCAUUGAUGCUGCUAUCUCCGCUGGAGUAAAGAGAUUCUUGCCAUCCGAAUACUCUGCAAACACUCUCAGUGAAGCUGUGCUGCAGCUCCUUCCCCUCUUUGGACAGAAGAAGGAGACCCUAGAGUAUUUAAAGACGAAGGAGAGCUCGACUUUCUCGUGGAGUGCAAUUUACACUGCUCUGCUGUUCGACUGGGGUCUCGGAAAUGGCUUCCUCGAAUAUGACGUCUCUGGACGCGCAGCCACAAUCUGGGACGAUGGUAACAAGGUCUUCACGUUGACCAAUGCCGAUCAACUCGGACGUGCUGUGAUCUCUGUGCUAGAGAACCCAGAGAAGACAGCUAAUAAGAAUCUCCAUGUUGCGUCGGUUGAGACUUCGCAGAACGCGAUUCUUGCAGCCCUCGAAAAGGCCACUGGUUCCAAAUUCGCUGUAACCAAGACUACGACUGAGAAAGAGCUCGCCGAAGCAGGUGAAUUGCUUGGCAAAGGGGACUUUAGCGGUGCUUUGAAGCUGGUCCGAGCCACAAGCUUUGGUAGCACGGCCGGCAUUCGUGCAAACUAUGCGAAGGAGGAAGAGUUGGCGAAUGACUUGUUGGUCACCUCUGUCAGGAUUGCUACCACCAUGGUGGAUAGGGACAACUUCUUGACGGCCUCCGACGGUUCCUCUAGUCGCUCCUUUGAUCUCUCCCAAGAACCGCAAAACAAGCCAGUUGAGGACGUCGACGCAUUUCCCGAUGGCGGCUUGAAGGAAUGGACUGUUGUCUUCGGUGGUUGGUGCUUGCUCUUUGUGAGCUCAGGCUGGAUCAACUGCAUUGGCGUCUUCCAGACAUACUAUGAGCAGAAUCAACUCAAAGACUACUCUCCAUCGACAAUUUCAUGGAUUCUGUCACUCGAGACCUUUUUGAUGUUUGCCAACGGUGCAGCGGUCGGGAAAUUUUACGACAAUUUCGGCCCUUUCUACGUAAUGCUCUUUGGUUCGACUUUACACGUGUUUGGCGUGAUGAUGAUGUCGCUAUCCUCAGAAUACUACCAGUUCAUUCUGGCACAAGGUAUUUGUAGUCCUCUCGGGGCAAGUUGUUUAUUCUAUGCCGCCCUCAACGCGGCUAGUACAUGGUUCAAGAAACGCCGUGCCUUAGCCCUCGGAAUUGUCGUCAGUGGUUCCAGUGUCGGUGGUGUUAUCCUCCCGAUUUUCCUUCAACGACUUUUUCCAAAGAUAGGGUUCGCCUGGUCAGUUCGAGGGGCCGGUUUUCUCAUGCUCGGUCUCUGUAUCAUUGCUCAAGUGACGGUGAAAUCACGGCUUCCUCCCAAACCUAAACCAUUUGAUUUGAUCGAAUUCACUCGACCAUUAAAAGAGGCGCCUUUCUUGAUGAUUACCUUGGGUGGCUUUUUCUUCUUCUGGGGCAUGUUCGUUCCCUUCAACUACGUCAUAGUCGAAGCGCAGAAAAUCGGAAUGAGUGCUAAGCUCUCCAAUUAUCUCCUCGCCAUGCUCAAUGGAGCCAGUCUGUUUGGAAGAAUCCUUCCUGGGUGGCUGGGAGACAAGUUUGGUCGCUUCAACAUUACCGUUUUUAUGUCCUUUCUGGCCGGCAUUCUCACCGUUGCUCUCUGGCUUCCAGCCAAAGGCAAUGCUCCGAUAAUCGUUUACACGGUCCUUUAUGGCUUCUCCUCCGGCGGUUUUAUCUCACUAGUGCCAGCCGUGAUCGCACAAAUAUCGCCUAUCCAGGAAAUUGGUGUCCGAUCCGGCUCCUACUUUGCGUGGAUUUCGAUAGCGGCCCUUACUGGAAAUCCUAUCGCAGGAGCCAUCACAUCGCGGCAAAAUGGCGCUUUUUCGGGAUUGCAAAUAUUUACUGGUGUCGUUUUACUUAUAGGUGGAACUUUCUUUGUGCUCGGUAGAGUAUUGGUUGCUGGCUUCAAACCCCAGAUUGUUUAA